AUGGCCUCUGCCUAUGCUCAUUCGAGGAAAUCUAUCAAGAGAUUGGAGUCCAAAAAGUCGCAUUCCUGGUGGUGGGACAGCCACAUCAGUCCUAAAAACAACAAAUGGCUUAUGGAGAACCUUGAAGAGAUGGACCGGAACGUGAAGCGGAUGCUGAAGCUAAUCGAAGAGGACGGCGAUUCCUUUGCCAAGAAGGCUGAGAUGUAUUAUCAGAAAAGGCCAGAACUGGUUUCUCUUGUUGAGGAGUUCUACCGCAUGUACCGGUCUCUAGCAGAGCGUUACGAUAACGUGACCGGCGAAUUGAGAAAGAGCGUCCCCGUAGAUCUCCAAUCCCAGGGCUCCAAUGCCUCUGACCUUGCCUCUGAGCCACCAUCUUCAUCUCCCUCUCCUGCUCCUGCUCCUGCUCCCGACCGACCGCCUCUUGCUAGGAGAUCGUCAGGUCACAGGGCUGCUGGUUUUGAUUUCUUUCUGGGUUCCGGGGACACAACCUCUGACCAUGGCCAUAAAGAAGGAGAUGAGUCGUCUACAUUGACAUAUUCGGAUUCAGAAUCCGACGACGAUUCAUCUGUUAACAAUUACUCGGGGCCUAUAGCAGGUCAUGGUGGUGGUGACCAAGCACUUGCCAAGAAGAUUAUGGAGUUGGAGGCCGAGCUUCACGAAACGAAAGAGAAUUCUAGUGAUCUUGCUUCCAGAAUCGCAGAAUACGAGCUUGAACUGACGAGAGCGAAUCAGAGAAUCCACAGUUCAGAAGACGAGAUCGAUAAAUUGAAAUGUGAGCAUGAGAAAUGCAACAAGUCAUUUGAGCACAUCAAUGCAAGCCGAGAUGCUGGAGCUGAGCUAGAGCCAAACCUCCAACCGUUGCUGCAGCUUGAAGAGGGAGAGGAGGGUGAAACUUUAAGCGGCAGCAGCUCAAAUGACAAGAUCGUUCACUCACUAGCGGAGGAACUCAGAAUCACAAGAAUGAGGCUUCAGGAAUCCGAGAGGGAGAUAGCUAGCUUGAGGCAGAGAUUGGAGAGCAACGGCGAGGUCUCCGAUCAGAAGGUGAGGAAUUUGCAGGAUCAGCUUGCGUCAGCUCGAAAGGACAUAGCCGCAUGGAAAAGCAAGGUGAACGCGGAGAGAAAGGAAGUGUCCAAGCUACAGGAGAGAGUUUCCAGACUGAAAGCAAGUUUGACAGACCGUGACCAAGAGGCGAGGGAGCUGAAAACCGCGGUGUCUGAUGCCGAGCGGAAGAUAUUCCCGGAGAAAGCUCAAAUCAAGGCAGAGAUAACAAAGCUGCUAGAAGAGCAGAGCGGCUUCAGGGAGCAGCUGAGGGAAUGGGAGUCCCGGGGCCGUUGCUUGGAGGAUGACAUCAGAAGGCUUCAAGCCGAGAAGGCCGAAAUGGAGGAAAGGCAUUGCUCCGAGACCGAGCAGCUGAAGGCAGAGAUGGCCGAGCUAGUCGAAACCGUGAGCACGUUGAGAACCGAGAGGGACAUGGCGAAGAAAAGAGCCGAUGCGGUGGAAGCCGAGUUGGUUUCUCAGGAGCAGCAGAUUGAUGAGAUGGAGAAGCACUUGGAGGAGCUACACAAGGAACUGGUGGGGGUGGUAUCCGCGGCGGAGGAGGCCCGCAGGAAGUCGAAAGAGCUGGAAGAGGAGGUGGAGAAGCAGAGGAAGCUGGUGGAGGAAAGUGCGGAGGAGAAGCGAGAGGCAAUAAGGCAGCUGUGCGUGUCGAUAGAACACUACAGAGUCGGGUAUCAUGAGCUGAGGCAGGCGUUUGCAGGUGCUGGCGGGCACGGGAGAGUUGCUGUGCUAGCGGCAUAG